AUGCCUCCAUCUAGCGCUGAUCGCUCACUCGCACCAGAGCAAGCUGUUGCAGACGCCUCACAGCCGCUGCUGUUGCGUCUUAACCCAGCUUCUCCCACACCUUCAUACGCUUCGAACUCCAAUCUCAGCAGUCUAUCAAAUCCGAACAUCGCUAGCCAGGCAACUUCGAUCAGCAACAGCAACUCGGUCUCUGAGUGGGACGAGCCGUAUGCCAAAGCGUCCAAGUACCUCCUAGAUUUCAGACAUUGGGAAUCCAGCCACCAUGUGACCGUCUCCUUGGAGGAUUAUUCCCAGCCUUUCCGGUGCAAUCUGUCUCGACCUGACUGGUUGAGACUGUGCAACGAGUUCACCGUCCAUGACCCCGAAGAUGGGUUCCCCAGAUUUUCCAACGAUGCGUCCACAUCGAUUGCGACUAUCCAAUGCAUCUCGUCCCCAAUUGAUGAGUUGGUCACGUCUUUCAUCGGCAGCCACUUGGCUGAUCUGCUUGGAGCCAUGAAUGAAGGUACAAGAAGUCGGCGACGACGGCAAUCAAGAGUAUAA